CGCGGCCGGAGUUCGGCGGAAACGGCCGAGCGGCCCCGAGCGGCCACGAAGCAGCUGGACCGGGGGAGAGAGAGACAGAAGAGGCGAGUGGCAGGGCCGGAUCAAGUCGUGAGGCGAGAGCGCGCGGCUGCACGGCUGGCUGCUGCCAUGGCGAGGAUGCUGGUGCUACUGUCCCGCGGCAGACAGGCGGCGUCGCAGUUCGCGAAGGCGCGGUCACAGCCGAGCUUCUGCCUGCCGCCGCGACUGUCGCGAGGACUGAGCGCUGUCGGCGCGCUGCCGCCCCAGGUGCGGCAGUUCGUGGAGCAGAGCGCCGCCACGUGUCGGCCGGACAAGGUACACGUGUGUGACGGCUCCGCCGAGGAGAACAGGCGGUUGCUAGAGCUGCUACAGCAACAAGGCACCGCGCAGCCGCUGCCCAAGUACAGCAACUGCUGGCUGGCGCGCACCGACCCGGCCGACGUGGCGCGGGUGGAGGGGCGCACCUUCGUGUGCACACCGCGCAUGCGCGACGCCGUGCCGGCAGGUGGCGCCGCGAGCGGCCAGCUGGGGAACUGGAUGUCUCCCGAGGACAUGCGCGCCGCCGUCUCGCAGCGCCUGCCCGGCUGCAUGGCAGGCCGCACCAUGUACGUGAUCCCGUUCAGCAUGGGGCCGCUGGGGUCGCCGCUGGCCAAGAUAGGCGUCGAGCUGACCGACUCGCCCUACGUGGCGUGCUCCAUGCGCGUCAUGACGCACGUCAGCGCCGCGGUGUUGGAGGCCCUGGCAAGCGGCGAGCAGUUCGUGCGCUGCCUGCACUCUGUCGGCCGGCCGGCGCAACCUCGCGCCUCGGCGCGGCGCGGCUGGCCCUGCGACCCGGAGCGCACCAUCAUCCUGCACAAGCCUGACUCCAACGAGAUCGUGUCAUACGGCAGCGGCUACGGAGGCAACUCUCUGCUGGGCAAGAAGUGUCUGGCGCUGCGCCUCGGCUCGUGCAUGGCCCGGCGGGAGGGCUGGCUGGCGGAGCACAUGCUGAUCCUCGGCAUCACGACCCCCGCCGGCAGGAAGCGCUACGUGGCCGCCGCCUUCCCCUCGGCCUGUGGCAAGACGAACCUGGCCAUGAUGCAGCCGUCGCUGCCCGGCUACAAGGUGGAGUGCGUGGGCGACGACAUCGCGUGGAUGCGCUUCGACGAGCAGGGCCGGCUGCGCGCCAUCAACCCGGAGCGGGGCUUCUUCGGCGUCGCCCCAGGCACGUCGAGCAGCACCAACCCCAACGCCAUGAGGACCAUCUUCAGCAACACGCUGUUCACCAACGUGGCGGCCACGAGCGACGGCGGGGUGUUCUGGGAGGGCCUGGAGUCGGAGCUGCCUGAGGGGGUCGCGGUCACCGACUGGCUGGGCCAGCCGUGGGAGAGGGGCAGCGGCCGCCCCGCGGCGCACCCCAACUCCAGGUUCUGCACGCCGGCGGAGCAGUGCCCCAUCAUCGACCCGGUGUGGCAGGCGCCCGAAGGCGUGCCCAUCGACGCCAUCUUGUUCGGGGGACGGCGGCCGGAGGGCGUGCCGCUGGUGUACGAGGCGCUCAGCUGGCGCCACGGGGUGUUCGUGGGGGCCGCCAUGAGGUCCGAGGCCACGGCCGCGGCGGAGCACAAGGGCAAAGUGAUCAUGCACGAUCCGUUUGCGAUGCGGCCAUUCUUCGGAUACAACUUCGGCCAGUACCUGGCCCACUGGUGCAGCAUGGAGCGUAGGGGCGGGUCCAAGAUGCCGAAGAUCUUCCACGUCAACUGGUUCAGGAAGGACAGCCAGGGCCGGUUCCUGUGGCCCGGCUACGGCGAGAACUGCCGGGUGCUGGACUGGGUGCUGAGGAGGGUGGAGGGGGAGGACAUCGCCCUCGGCUCUGCGGUCGGCCUGCUGCCCAAGCCCGGGUCGCUGCGGCUGGACGGCCUCCGGGAGACCCCGGACCUGCAGCAGCUCUUCAGUCUGCCCAAGAGCUUCUGGGCGCAGGAGGUGGAAGACAUUGGAAGGUACUUCGAGCAGCAAGUGGGAGAGGACCUUCCAGGGGAGAUCAGCGAAGAACUGCAAGCCCUGAGGCAAAGGAUCGCCCAAAUGUGAUUGCCCGCCGCCGUUUUAAUUUUUGGACUUAUUUUACGUAAACAUUAAAUGUGUACAACAUGCGAAGUACACGUUGUAACUGUUCUGUCCUUGAAGAAGACUGUGUUGCUCUUUUAACUAUUGACUGCCUGCGAGAUUAGUGGUAACAAAACCUUUCGAGGUUCACCAGCGAAAUUUUUGACUUGUGUAUGUACAAAAUACGUUUUACAACACGCUUCUAGCUUUGCUAUAAUGUAAAAGAUUCAACUGCUUCAAUUUUUGGAAAUUCAAUCAUGGGUUGUAUGUAAACAGUACAAACGAUUAUUAUUGUCGCUGGUGAAAAUGAGCGAAGUCGAGUUUAGAACAUGAAGUACUAACUUCCCAUCACAGUCCGUUUGGCGGGAACAAAUUAUUUCAGAAUAGUUGAACUAUAAGUUUUUAAGGGUAACUGAUAUUGCUAAACUGAUUUAUUUGGAUACUGCAUUUUGUGUUGAUGAAGCAUUCGACUAAGUUGCAGUUCAUCAGGAAAGUAGUCAAGCUAAAAUGUUCUAUGAAUUGCUGUUUGCCCUAUCAAAGACAGGAAGAUUUUGUAUUUUUCUUCAAAUCUGCCAAAGGCAUAAAAACGUACUCAAGAAGUGAUUCUUUUUCUUAAUGUCAGCUUUGAAAUUUUGUCAAACAAGCAAGUGAUAAAUGUAUGUGUUGUGUAUGUGUAUACAUAAAUAUUGAUUUCUUAUGCUACGGUAUUUUAUAAUUAAAAAUAAAAUUGUGUACAGUAUAUCCAAUA